GGUGACAUAGAAAAGGGUAUGGAGAUGAAGAAACUGGUUCUGUCUGGCUUUCUGGCCAGUGAGGAGAUCUACAUCAACCAGCUGGAGGCUUUGCUACUGGUGAGACGCACACACACACACACUCACUAUCAAGGACACGAUAUGGCGGCCUUUCCCCCGCUCUUCCCUUUCCUUUAUGUAGUGCUGUCUGUGUGGGACUGUGCUGGACAGCAUUAGCCCUCAGGCCAGUGUGUCAGCACCAUGGUGGCUCCAAGUAGAGCCGCAUGGGAGACUGGGUUUCUAAAAGCAUUAUGCCUUUUCGAGAAGCUGUGCUCUCAUCUCUGUGAGUGAUAUUAGUGGAUAGUGGUCGGUCAUAUUUAGAACAGAAAAAAAGGCCAAGUGUUUCCUGAACCAGAGAACACAUUGACUGUGUCCCCCCUGCAACUGCAGCGUGAUGUCACAUCCUGUCUCUCUCUGCACUACUGCAAUAUGUUCAAAGUACAGUUUGUUCAUGAGCAAACCAUGAGAUGUAGCACUUAACAGGGUUCAAUUUUACACACCAGUGUCUUAAACAGAAACAGCAGUUAGAAGUGCGGCAGGUAGCCUAGCGGUUAGUGUUGGGCCAGUAACCGAAAGGUUACUGGUUCAAAUACCUGAGCCGUCAAGGUGAAAAAUCUGUGCCCUUGAGCAAGGCACUUAACCCUAAUUUGUAAAACAACACAUUUCGCUACACCUCUCCGGUGUAUGUGACAAUAAAACAUAUUUGUAAAAAAAAUUAUAUAACUACAGUGGGGAAAAAAUGUAUUUAGUCAGCCACUAAUUGUGCAAGUUCUCCCACUUAAAAAGAUGAGAGAGGCCUGUAAUUUUCAUCAUAGGUACACGUCAACUAUGACAGACAAAUUGAGAAAAAAAAUCCAGAAAAUCACAUUGUAGGAUUUUUAAUGAAUUUAUUUGCAAAUUAUGGUGGAAAAUAAGUAUUUGGUCACCUACAAACAAGCAAGAUUUCUGGCUCUCACAGACCUGUAACUUCUUCUUUAAGAGGCUCCUCUGUCCUCCACUCGUUACCUGUAUUAAUGGCACCUGUUUGAACUUGUUAUCAGUAUAAAAGACACCUGUCCACAACCUCAAACAGUCACACUCCAAACUCCACUAUGGCCAAGACCACUAUGGCCAAGAGCUGUCAAAGGACACCAGAAACAAAAUUGUAGACCUGCACCAGGCUGGGAAGACUGAAUCUGCAAUAGGUAAGCAGCUUGGUUUGAAGAAAUCAACUGUGGGAGCAAUUAUUAGGAAAUGGAAGACAUACAAGACCACUGAUAAUCUCCCUCGAUCUGGGGCUCCACGCAAGAUCUCACCCCGUGGGGUCAAAAUUAUCACAAGAACGGUGAGCAAAAAUCCCAGAACCACACGGGGGGACCUAGUGAAUGACCUGCAGAGAGCUGGGACCAAAGUAACAAAGCCUACCAUCAGUAACACACUAUGCCGCCAGGGACUGCAUGUUAUCAGAUCUUCAACCAAAACUUAAUAUAAAGGGAACCUAAGUGAACAAAUAACACAACAAUUACAUACUUACUUCAUUUAUUUCCUUAACAAAGUUAUGCAACACCCAAUGCCCCUGUGUGAAAAAGUAAUUGCCCCCUUACACUCUCAAUAACUUUAGCUGCAAUGACUCCAACCAAAUGCUUCCUGUAGUUGUUGAUCAGUCUCACACGUCGCUGUGGAGUGCACUCCACAGUAAGAACCUCAUACCAACAGUCAAGCAUGGUGGUGGAAGUGUCCCUUAAUAGAAGGGACCAUGAAUUCUGCUCUGUAUCAGAUAAUUCUACAGGAGAAUGUCAGGCCAUCCAUCAGUGAGCUGAAGCUGAAGCGCAGCAAGGUCAUGCAGCAAGACAAUCAAGUCUACAUGAAAAUGGCUAAAAAGCAACACAUUUGAAGUUUUAUAAUGGCCUAGUCAAAGUCCAGACCUAAUCGAUGUUGUGGCAAGAGUUGAAACGAGCAGUUCGUGCUUGAAGACCCACAGAUGUUGCUGAGUUAAAGCAGUUCUGCAUGGAAGAGUGGGCGCAAAUUCCUCCACAGCGAUGUGAGAGACUGAUCAACAACUACAGGAAGCAUUUGGUUGUGGUCAUUGUAGCUAAAGGUGGCACAACCAGUUAUUGAGUGUAAGGGGACAAUUACUUUUUCACACAGGGGAAUUGGGUGUUGCAUAACUUUGUUAAUUAAAUAAAUAAAAUAAGUAUCAAUUUUUUGGUUAUUUGUGAACUCAGAUUCCCUUUAUCUAAUAUUAGAUUUUGGUUGAAGAUCUGAAAUAUGCAAAAAUUGAGAAAAUCAGAAAGCGGGCAAAUACUUUAUCAUGGCACUGUAUGUUGUUACAGCCUGAAUUAAAAAUUUAUUAAAUAUAUUUUUUUCUCUCCAUCCAUCUACACACAAUACCCCAUAAUGACAAUGAAAACAUGUUAUUAGAAAUGUUUGCAAAUUUAUUGAAAAUGACAUACAGAAAUAUUCUAAUUUACAUAAGUAUUCACACCCCUUUGCUAUGACACUCCAAAUUGAGCUCAGGUGCAUCCAAUUACCUUUGAUCAUCCUUGAUGUCACUUCAACUUGAUUGGAGUCCACCUGUGGCCAAUUCAAUUGUUUGGACAUGAUUUAGAAAGAACCACACCUGUCUAUAUAAGGUCCCACAGUUAACAGUGCAUGUCAGAGCAGGAACUAUACCAUGAACAGUCUCACAGUCCCUGCUUUAGAUCAAUCAAUCAAUCAAAUGUAUUUAUAAAGCCCUUUUUACAACAGCAGAUGUCACAAAAUGCUAUACAGAAACCCAGCCUAAAACCCCAAACAGCAAGCAAUGCAGAUGUAGAAGCACGGUGGCUAGGAAAAUCUCCCUAGAAAUGCAAAAACCUAAGAAGAAACCUAGAGAGGAACCAGGUUCUGAGGGGUGGCCAGUCCCCUUCUGGCUGUGCCGGGUGGAGAUUAUAACAGUACAUGGCCAUUAAGGCCAGAUAUUUCUCCAAGAUGUUCAUAGAUGACCAGCAGGGUCAAAUAAUAAUCACAGUGUUUGUAGAGGCUGCAACAGGUCAGUACAUCAGGAGUAAAUGUCACUUGGUUUUCAUAGCCGGGCAUUUAGAGGUUGAGAUAGCAGGUGCGGUAGAGAGAGAGAGUUGAAAACAGCAGGUCUGGGACAAGGUAGCAUGUCCGGUGAACAGGUCAGGGUUCCAUAGCCACAGGCAGAGGAGUUGAAACUGGAGCAGCAGCACGACCAGGUGGACUGGGGACAGCAAGGAGUCAUCAGACUAGGUAGUCAUGGGGCUCAGGUCCUCCAGGAGGGGAGGGAGAGAGAGAAUUAGAGGGAGCAUACUUACAUUCACACAGGACAUCGGGUAAGACAGGAGAAUAACACCAGAUAUAACAGACUGACCCUAGCCCCCCGGCACAUGGUCAGCAGUGGGUGAGAAAAUAAAUACAUUUAAUACAUUUUGAGUUCAGGCUGUAACACAACAAAAUGUGGAAUAAGUGAAGGGGUAUGCAUACUCUCUGAAGGCACUGUAAGCCUAUGAAUCAUUUUAAAAACUGAUGUUUAUUACAAUGGGUCAACACAAGGGCAUUUAGCCCAUAGCAUUGCUUAUGAAAGCUAACAUGCUGUAAGCUUAUUAAUCAUUUUUGAAUUGUAGCACUUAUUAUGACACUGAUUUUCAACCUGGAUGUGGAGAUGGAUGACCUUAGCAACACAUGAAUGAUGUUUUGGUGUGAUUCUGUUUUAUUUGGAGGGAAGAUGAUGAUAGUGAUAUCACUGCUCUUCUUUUUUGGAUUUCCCUCAGGAUAUCUAAACUCUUAUCUGUACUUGAUAAGCCUGGGAUCAUCCGCCAAUCCCAGGCUUAUCAAGUACAGAUAAGAGUUUAGCUAUCUGGAGGGAAAUCCAAAAAAGAAGAGCAGUGAUAUCAGUGUAGUGCACAGGCUUGAUGCCUGUGCAAGCAUAUUUUUACUAACAUUGUGGGAUGUUUGGUCCGAUUUGUAAUCGUGGUGUGUUCAGAACUGUGUUUCCCUCCCUACUAAAUGGAACAGCUCAGCUCUACUCUGUUCUCUAGUCUUUGGUCAUGCUGCAGCGCCCGCCCCUAAUAAUAAAGCACUGCUGACCACCGCCCAGGAUCAUGAUUAUUUAUGUUUUGAAAGUGUCAGUGCAUGUAUACACACAUACCAGUACACACAUAAACACACACUAACUCUCUUCUGAAUGUGUGUGUGUGUGUGUGUGUGCAGCCCAUGCGCCCCCUGAAGGCCACAGCCACCACGUCCCAGCCGGUGCUGACCAUACAGCAGGUAGAGACCAUCUUCUAUAAGAUCCAGGACAUCUUUGAGAUCCACAAGGAGUUCUACGACGCCCUCUUCCCUCACAUCCAGCAGUGGGAUGAGAAGGUCGCCGUCGGACACCUCUUCCAGAAACUGGUAAGGGUGACAAUCAACCAGUCAGUCAGUCUGUCAAUCAAUCAGUCAAUUAUUCAACCAAUCAAUCUAUCAACUUAUCAUCAAGCUCUUGAUUUAGUUGAAGUAGGUGUGUUAGUAGUACUGGGUUGGAGGACAACUUGGAAGUCUAGUUCAAAUAAAAUGUAUUCCAGUGUCUGCCUGCCUGCCAGAUGAAAAUCUUUGCCAGUGCGUGUAGGCUUCCUGCCCCUCCCCCUCCGAAGCAUAGUCUACUAGCCUACUGACGUUACAAGCGUUAUUCAGAAAUUAGGGAGAGAUUUCUUAUUAGAGAAAAAUAGACUAUAGUAUCCUUAUCACGUUUGACAUUGGAUUUAUUAACUACAAAAAGUUAAGACGUUUUUAUUUAUAUUCUGGUGCCGCUCUGCACUCGCAAGCUUGUUAGCUAGCUAGCUAGUUUUGGUAUAACGUUAUGCCAACUCUCUGAAGUUCAACUUCAAAUACAUUCAAAGUUCCUUCAUAGAAGCCGGUCCUCCGUGUGUAUAAUUCUGUGGGCCUAAUUUAGAUAAUGCAUGUCAUAACAACAAGAUGCCCAGCGCUUCCUCCUCCGUCUCUCUCUCUCUCCCCACACACAAAAUUUGUCGCAAAUCGCGCCCUACACUUGUCUGUCCAAUGAAUGUAAUUAGCUUGCCCACUCCAUAGCAAGUUGCUCUAUCUGCUAAAUGUCUAAAAAUAUAUAUAUAUUUCUGAGUUUUAAAAAUGAACAAAAAGGAACGAUAUAAACAGUUUUUGGGGUUCGAACCGGUUCAUAACUUUAUUUUGCUGGUCAGAACAAUGGAACGGAACAGAAAAAAGAAUGGUUCUGUUCAGAACUAAACGAUUAAAAAAUAAUUUUGGUGGUUCAAACCCCUGAUUGUAACAGCAUAGAUUUCACCUCCCUCUGUUCAAUCUAUACCCCUCUAGGAUAAACAUUAAAUUACACUGGGGCCUGCCCAGACAUUAGUCCCUAUCCUGCUCCUACUCCCCUAUCCAUCUCUCUUCCUUCCAGCUGUCCUUUUAAACCGCAAACUUCAGUUUCUCUAACAGGCUGGUUUCUGAGAAUUGAAUGUUCAUGUACUGUAGGGUCUUGACUCUUGACCCAAUAAAGGGGAUUUUUAAAUGUAAAGAUUCUCUCUCUCUCUCUCUAUUCCUCCUCUUCCUCUCAUCUGUCUCUCCUUUGUGUUAUUUUCCCCCCAUCUCUCUCUCUUCCCGUCUCCCUUUUUCUCUCUCCCCCACUCCGCCCCCCUACUCCCUCUCAGUAAGCAGACAGUGCAGUAUCAGUAAGUGAAUGUUAAAGUGAUGCUCCAGAACCUUUUGUAUCAUUUUAGCCAGUAGUUUUGAAAGUGGUGCUCAAGAGCCAAAACGGGUCCCCGUUUUUGGUGUCCUACGUCAUCCAAUUGUGUACUACGUCAUCCAUUUGGUAUGUCCUGCACAUUUUUAUAAUGUGUUAUGAAUCCAAUUCGUACAAUAUGUUACAAAUUAGUUUUGCUUAAGAUCCUGGACUGCAUCUCUAAUGGGAUGUAAUGUCUCACAUUAGGCCCUGUCUCUUUCCUGCAUUACACUGCUCAUUAAACCCCAGAGUGUGGAGCCUGAUUGGUUUAGGGAAUGGUUCCAUGAAUCUGAUUGGGUUAGGAGUGUUCUGUCUCUCAUAAGGAAGGUCUCUAAAGGAGUUAGGUCUCCCAUGUGAUACAACACCACACUGACAGAGCAGACUGAUGUGAUUAGCAGUUAGUACAGUAUUCCACUUAGUAUGGUGCUCUGCAUUUGUGACUGUGUAUUGUUUUGUCGUAGAAGCAAAGUUUUAACCUCUAUUUUCAAUUGGAUAGAAAAGUUUCUAAUCGUUCAUUAUACUUACGUAACUUUAUAUUAGGUUAACUCAUUUAGUACAUUGUGAGUGGAAGGACAUUAAGCAGGAGUCAAAUUACGCACGUGCAUGCGCGCACACACACACACACACCACAGAUGUCUCGCCGACAUCCAUUAGCAGAAUCAUCCAGUUCCAUCUGGGAGGUGUGUGUGUGCGAGUGUGUCGCGUGGCAACUAAACAUUUAGACAGGCCUGUCUGUGAGGGAGCCACCAAACAGUGUACAGAUGGUGUCAUAAUUACACCGCACACUCCCCACUGCUCCCUGUGUGGGGCGCUGGAAACACUACAGUAGAAACAGAGAGCGAGAUAGGGAGAUGGAGGGGCGAGGAGAGGGGGAUCAAAGGAAAGAAGGAAGGGAAGGAGAGAGAGGAGGGGAAAGAGAGGGGCGAAAAAUAAAGGGAAAGAGAGCAAGAAGGAUGGAAAACUCUUAUUUUCCAUCUCUUGCUCUCUCUCUCUCUCCUCUCCUAUAUAUUUCUCACCCUCUCCUCUGUCUCAGGGUGUUGUUUUCUAGUACCUGUGAUGCUCUUGGUGAGAGACCAAAGUGUGUCUGCCAACGAUGUAAAUGUUGCUAGGAGAGAGCCUUUGCCAUGAUGACUGAUUGGGUCAGAAGGUUCUCCAAAUCUGCAGGGAAAGAUGGGUACAGGGGAACAUAAUGGAAGAUGUGCCAGAAGGGGAGAGAGGAGAAGGGAAAGAAUAUUGAUCUCUGCUUUGAAGUGUCCUCAGAGACCUCAUGGUUCCUCCACUUCUCCCCUCCAACAGCGAUGAUGCGUCACACCACAUGGGUAGAGGAGGAGAAAGGGAGGGAGGGAGAGAGAGAGCGAAAGGGGGAUGGAGGGCAGAGCACACAUACAGUAGCUUAACAAGUUCUAAUUCAUUUAACCUCUCAUUUAUUUCUCAGCCCCAUACCUUUCUCAUUCCCUCUAUCAAUGUCUUGACUAGCUCUCCCUAGUCCCUUCACCGGAGCUGUUUAAGUAUGCAUAUUCAUUUCCUGGUCCAAUUGCCUUCAUUAGCAGGCACAGAGAGGCCCGAGCGAUGCAACUGGCUGAUUGACUGGGCUCCAAUCAGGAACGUGGGACCCGCAGCAGGGAAGGGCUUUGUGGAGAUGUGAUAAGAAGGCGUCCAAGGGAGAGAUAGCUGCUAGCCAGCGGAGCCGCGGCCCUGUUAACUCUGGCAGUGUGAUGGAGUUGAUUAAAAAUCACUCCUGGACUGGAUGGAAUUUAUAGAGUCUGCAUCGUUCACAAUAGAUGUUCUUCACGCCUCUCAGGAGUGAUAAUUUGAAUGGGAAUUAAUUUGGUGCAAAACAGGGGUGUCAAACUCCCUUUGCCCCUGGGGCCACAUAAUAGUCCUCUAUCCAUAAUUUUUUGAAUUUUCUAUGCUCCCUGACUGUCUAGCUUUCAUUUCGGUGAUUAUUAGUGAGCUGGACACAGUCAAGAAACUGUAUAAAUGUAGGUCCAUUAUCAUUUCUACACAUUUUCCAUUUGGUUUUAGUCAUUUUAAAGUAUAUUGAAUUACAUUUUUAUACAGUGCAUUCAGAAAGUAUUCAGACCCCUUCCCUUUUUCCAUAUUUUGUUACGUUACAUACAGCCUUAUUCUAAAAUUGAUUAAAUAUUUCUUUUUCUCAUCAAUCUACACACAAUACCCCAUAAUGACAAAGCGAAAACAGGUUUUUAGAAAUGUUUAAAAAAUAUAUUUUAAAAAAAGUACAUAAGUAUUCAGACCCGAAAUUGAGCUCAGGUGCAUCCUGUUUCUAUUUAUCAUCCUUGAGAUGUUUCUACAUUUUGAUUGGAGUCCACCUGUGGUAAAUUCAAUUGAUUGGACAUGAUUUGGAAUGGCACACACUUGUCUAUAAUAAGGUCCCUCAUAAGACUCCUGAACAGCUAAUCAUGGCUACCCGGACUAUUUGCACUGCCCCCCCACCCCAUCCUUUUUACGCUGCUGCUACUCUGUUAAGUAUUUAUGCAUAGUCACUUUAACUCUACCCACAUGUACAUAUUACCUUUAACUACUGUCACUUUAUUCUAUUGUAUAUAUAGCCUCCCUACUGUCACUUUAUUUUUUACUUCUGCUCUUUUUUUUUCUCAACACUUUUUUGUUGUUGUUUUAUUCUUACUUUUUUGUUUAAAAUAAAUGCACUGUUGGUUAAGGGCUGUAAGUAAGCAUUUCACUGUAAUGUCUGCACCUGUUGUAUUCGGCGCAUGUGACCAAUAAAAUUUUGAUUUGAUUUGAUUUGAUUUGACAGUGCAUGUCAGAGCAAAAACCAAGCCAUGAGGUCGAAGGAAUUGUCCGUAGAGCUCCGAGACAGGAUUGUGUCGGCACAGAUCUGGGGAAGGGUACCAAAACAAUUCUGCAGGUCCCCAAGAACACAGUGGCAUCUAUCAUUCUUAAAUGGAAGAAAUUUGGAACCACCAAGACUCUUCCUAGAGCUGGCCACUCGCCCAAAUUGAGCAAUCGGGGGAGAAUGGCUCUGGUCAGAGAGGUGACCAAGAACCCGAUGGUCACUCUGACAGAGCUCCAGAGUUCCUCUGUGGAGAUGGGAGAACCUUCCAGAAGAACAACCAUCUCUGCAGCACUCCACCAAUCAGGCCUUUAUGGUAGAGUGGCCAGAUGGAAGCCACUCCUCAGUAAAAGGCCUGUGAUAGCCCGCUUGGAGUUUGCCAAAAGGCACCUAAAGGACUCUGACCAUGAGAAACAAGAUUCUCUGAUAAAACCAAGAUUGAACUCUUUGGCCUGAUGCCAAUCGUCACGUCUGGAGGAAACCUGGCACCAUCCCUACGGUGAAGCAUGGUGGUGGCAGCAUCAUGCUGUGGGGAUGUUUUUCAGUGGCAGGGACUGGGAGUCAGGAUCGAGGGAAAGAUGAACGGAGUAAAGUACAGAGAGAUCCUUGAUGAAAACCUGCUCCAGAGCGCUCAGGACCUCAGACUGGGGCGAAGGUUCACCUUCCAACAGGACAUCGACCCUAAGCACACAGCCAAGAGAACACAAGAGUGGCUUCGGGACAAGUCUCUGAAUGUCCUUGAGUGGCCCAGCCAGAGCCCGGAUUGAACACGAUCUUAAAAAUGUUCUGGAGAGACCUGAAAAUAGCUGUGCAGCGACGCUCCCCAUCCAAUCUGACAGAGCUUGAGAGGAUCUGCAGAGAAGAAUGUGAGAAACUCCCCAAAUACAGGUGUGCCAAGCUUGUAGCGUCAUACCCAAGAAGACUCAAUGCUGUAAUUGCUGCCAAAGGUGCUUCAACUAAAUGUGAUAUUUAAGUUUUGUAUUUUGAAUACAUUUGAAAAAAGUUAUAAAAACCUGUUUUUGCUUUGUCAUUAUGGAGUAUUGUAUGUAGAUUGAUGAGGGGGAAAAAACUAUUUAAUCAAUUUUAGAAUAAGGCUGUAAUGUAUCAAAAUGUGGAAAAAAUCAAGAGGUCUGAAUACUUUCUGAAUGCAUUGUAUAUAUAUUUAUUUAUUUAACUUUAUUUAUUUAUUUGAUACCCCUGCUCUAAAGCUUUACACUGUAUGGAAAUCUGAUUGGUUUCCUCUGAGGGACUUGGAUUGCGUCAUCCAAUACCCCUCUCCAGUCUUGGGUGUAGGAUAGGGAGUUCUAAACAUAAAAGAAAAGAAAGGAAGGUUCAUUUAGGAGUCUUAGUUUUCAUCCAGACGCCAUCUUUUUCUUUCUUUCUCCUCUUCAUCCUCCUUCUCCUCAUCCUCCUCCUCUUCCUCCUACUUUUCCUCUGUCCACUGUGUUAAUUUUUUGUCCUCUCCUCUGUGGUCCAGGCCAGCCAGCUGGGGGUGUACAAGGCCUUUGUUGACAACUACAAGACAGCG